AUACACGCAUAUGUUUUGUUAUUCGUCCUACAGUAUAUAUCUAUUAGUUUCAGGAGUGAAUUCAGUACAUAGUACCAUGAUGCAUCUUUAAAGUAGGUGCUUAUUCUUAUGAGAAUGAGCAAAACAGCCUUUCCUUGGAUAUAUUCACCAGCUGACGAACAACGAUAAUGAACAAAAGUUUGGAAGGUAGAAAUAUUCGAGUCACUGUACGCAGUGGUCCACAGAUUAAUAUCCUCAGGAGAUCGGCGUCACCACAAGGAGGAAGAAUAAAACUAUCCUAUUUUCGACAUGGAUCAGUAUCACCACCUCGAAUAACAAAUGCUAAUUACAAUGGAAACAGUACAACUUCGUCAAAAGUUAGAUGUAUUCGACGUCAGAAUAGUUUAGUUAUACAAAGAACAACGCCUAUUACUACAACAAAUCAUUCAUACGACAUGAAUUUUAAAUGUCAACAAAAUACACCUCCUCCUCCUCCUCCUCCUCUUCCCACUUUACCGACACGACUCGUAAUGGACAUACAUACAAGUGGAAUAACUAACGCACGUUUAAAAAAUAACCAAUACGAAAGAUCAAUGAAGCAUACAGCUCUCACCCCAAAUACCAAUGGUAGUAUAGCAAUCAUGAUUGGCGCAUCUAACUCAACAACAACUUCCAAUAGAAUAGUAUCAGACAAUAAUGAUAAUAAAAAAUGGUUAAAUCGUGACUCAUCAUCAACAUUAUCAAAUAGUAAUCCAGUCUCGCCAAUAGUCCGGAUUGGAGAACAAGUUUAUAUGACCUUGGCAUAUCGGUCGAUAGAAAUUCAGUCUCUCUCUCACCUAGUCAGACUGACAAUCAAUCUACUGGACUGAAUUUCUCUGCCCUACCAAGGUUGUCUGCAACGUCAAUAAUACAGCCUAUUGUUCGUUGUCCUGUUUCUCCAGUUGCUAUUUCAGUUAGUAGUAGUGGUUCAGCCACAUUAUUUUUAACUGGAAAUAAUUGUGGUACUAUUUCGUUGUACCAAAAAUCUAAUAACAAUAAUAAUAAUAAUGAACAGAUUACGCAACAAGUCUCGCCAACAAGUGGAAAUGUCCAUGUAAAUAGUCGUCGACCCCCACUGCCUCGUUUUGAAUCUAAUUGUAACAAGAAAGGUGGUUAUAGUGUAGUGCGUAUUUCUGCACUGCAUAAUUUACGUCCAACUACUACUACCCCAACAAAACUUUCCCCCAGUGUGCGGAAUCGUCCAGAAUUAUUACGACCAUCUGGUUCCUAUGAUAACUUGUUAUGCAACGGUGCAGUACGACGUUGUAGUUUAACGGAACAAAGUUUUCAGCGUCCUAAACUACGGUGUUUCAGUGUACUGACUAACACAUCCUCCUCUAAUCCAUCUCAACGAUUUUUUCAUUCAUCUUCUGAUCACUACGUUAACGCCAUGCCCAAUGCUCAGUCUAUGGGAAUUGAAGAUAUAAAACUGAAUUGUUCACCACAGGCUCGAUUAUCAACGCCCACAAUGAUUAACGAAACCUCUGAACAAGGAAAUCAUGAUUUACGAAUGUUAUUAAAUUCUCGAACUCCACGGAAUAAUAGUGUUUCAUCUAUGCGUCAAAAUAUGACACCCGGUGGAAAUAAGAUUACAACGUCUAAUACAUCAGAUCAAUUGAGAAAUAUUCGUUCUAGUGUUUCUGGAAAUAAUCCAAAUUAUUUUCGAAUACAAAUCCCUAGUACACGUGCAAUAUCUCGACCUAAAGGAUUUGCUAUGACGGAUAGUCUUAAAUUGUAUGAAGAACAAAUUUUCAGUCAUUGUCAACCGCAUCAACGACCACAAUCGUGGUGCCUAGAUUUUGAUCAACCCCGUGAUGAACAUAAUCCAGUGGAUGAUUCACAUUCUAGUUCCCCAGCAUCCACGGUCUCAUCAUCAUUCUCUUCCUCAUCUUCAUCUGAUACUUCCCAGUUAUUAUCAUCACAUAAUCAUGCUGAUCUCAGAAGGAUCAAAAAUCCUCCUUAUUAUACUCCACCUAUCCAACCGAGGAACUCUCCACGGUUUUACCAUCAGAUUUCUCCUAUUGUUACUUCUGCCAGUCAAUAUAUGGCAAGUGAAGCUACUACUCCUACAAGUGCUGAACCAUCAUCUGGUUGUCGUUUAACUGAAUUUGAAAAAGAAAUUCGUUCACGAAGUAACAGUAGUAGCAGCAGCAGUGGGAGUUCACAACAAAGAUGUCGAAAUGGUAACACUUCUGCUGCUGCUAUGACAACCACCACGACUAGCAGUAGCAGUCAUCGUCAUAUGAGUACUAAUGCUGUACUCAUGAAAGCUACUGAUCAUCCCAUCAUCCUUUCAUCAUCGAACUCUACUGCUGCUAUUCAACAUUAUCGUACACCACAAAAGUCUAGUCCCAAUCAUCAUUCAGGAGGUUCUAUGUGUUCUAAUUCUCAAUCAGAAUCUAUUCAAACUAAUUCCAGUUAUGAUACAGUUCGUCCAGUUCAUGUAUCACCAGCUAGACUUCAGUCGCACUUUUUAUUUAAUCGUUCAAAUCAAUCUAUGGAAGCCAACGUUGGCGAUGAGAAACACGCUGUGCAUAAUCAAUACCUUCGUCAUCAUCAUUCAUGCGAGGAUGAGAAUUCUUCACAGUCUAUUACAGAAUUUAGAAAGUUAUCAUUAAAUGAUGAACCGUCUUCAUUUGAAGGUAACCACAAUAAUAAUACUAAUUUUGAGGGUCAUUCUUCUCCUUCAAGACUCACACCGUCACCGCUAGUUUUCUCUUCAUCGAUUAGUGAUCGUUCAGAUAAUAACAGCUGCUCUACUUCUGCUGCUCCUGGUGGUGCUGCUAUACCGCCCUCUCUAUCAGACAAUCAUCGAGAGGCGAUUAUUUCACCGUUUGUAACAGCGUCUACAACAAAUUCUUCGAAUAAUUCAGAUACUGGUAUAGGGAAUGGAAAGACAAAAGAAGGAGAAGCAGAUGGUGACGACGACGGUAAUGAAAGAGAAGAAGGAAAGCUACGCCGAAGCGAAGAUGCACUUCAGAGUAGGUCAAUAUCACCAACAGAUGAUGAUAAUGAUGGUAAUUCAUUUCUACUGCCUCCACCAGUUCCAUGGAAUUUAGAUGUAUCCAGUGAAAUGUUGAAUGAAACAACACCAAGUCUGUUUGUUAAUGAUAGACAUGAUAUAAUUAUGAAGAGUAAUCAUAGAUGUAAAGAGCAUCGAGCGGUGAAAUUCGAUGAUCAUCUAGCCGGCGGCGGCGGUGAUGUAUCACCUCAUUAUUGUCAACAUUUUUGUAAUCCUGUUAACAACAGUCAUCUUCAUCAAUCAAGAGGUCAAAAUAAAGAUCUGUGUCAGUUGGACAACAGCAAUAAUAAUAAUAAUAUAUGCUGUUUAAAUGGUGUAUGUAAUAAUACUAAUAAUGCUCAGCAUCACAAUCAGCAUCGUCAUAUGGAUCAUUCACCUGAACUAUCCCCGCUGCAUCAAUUCAAUUUUGAUAGUAUUGGGCUUUCUGAUGUUAGUGAUAGUAACACGUAUGCAUUCAGUACAUUAGAUUCAGAAUAUUUAGCUUGGAUGCGUUUAAGUGUACGUGAUGUGACAAAUCAUCAUCGUUUCACUGAACAUGUGGAUUCAUCUGCGUCAGCUGCACUGGAUUUACCUGAUCUAGAGACUUUAUCACGACCAUGUGUUCAUCAUUGGGUGGAUAUAUUCAAUUCAAAUCCAUUAGGUUUAAGGCUAAAUUUUGUGGAUGAUUCAUGUCGACUUGCUGGUACACUGCGCAUUUAUAUAAAUCUUAUUAAACCGGUGAAAAUGUCAUUAAGACGUACAUUAGAUAUGCUUCCGUCAAGUGAAACAGCUUCACCUGAACCAAAUAGUCCAUCUAAAGGUGGCAAUUGUAAUAAUGAAAAUGCCAAUGAUUUUGCUCCAACACCACCACGUCUAGUUUCAUUUUUCCUGCCUAGAGGUACCUCAAAAGUCGUCUAUGUUACAAGUUCAACAACUUCUGCUAAUGCCAUUCAAUCAUUGCUGGAUAGAUUUCAUAUUCAAGAAUCUGCACGUAAAUUUGCUCUAUAUGAGCAUACAUUAGAAGGCAAUACAAUUAGUGCUCGUAAACUGUCAACUUCUGAAUGUCCUUUAUUGUUAUUAUUAAAUUGGGUUCGUACAACUUCAAGUCGUGAUCAUUUCUUAGAAUUACUUAAACAAAAACGUAUUGUACUACAGGAAAAUGAUGCAUGUGACAUAGAGUGGAAAGAGUUCACAACAGCAGAGUUGACCAACUUCUUACGUAUACUUGAUAAAGAAGAAUCUGAAUAUCGGAAUGCUAUCCUAUAUCAAUACAAUUUAUUACGUAAUCAGUUGGAGCAACGAAUGAAACAGUUGUUGGAGACUGGUGAGGCUUAUCGUUAUCACCACCACCAUCAUCAUCAAUCACAUCAUCAGCAUCACCAUGGUGGUAACGAGAAUAGCGUCGUUAGUGAUGAUUCAUUGACUAGUGAUACUAAUGGUGGACCACCUGUUUAUUCAAGAUUCUAUUCACCAUCACAUCCUUAUGCUCUGGAACAACAACAACAGACUAAUGAAGACUGUCAGCCUCAAUCGACAGGACAACCUUGUUAUGACUGUCAUUGUUCUUCACGUUAGCUGAUUCUUUCGAUGAUGGUGAUGGUGAUGGCGAUGAUGACGACGAGUAUUGACGAACAUUUCCUAGUGGUCACUUUGAAAAUGAAAGAAAGGAGAAGAAGAAGAAUCAACAUUCUAGAUCCGUUUAUUUUUAUCCAUUUUUCUUCGUUGUGGAUAGCAACUAACUACUCAAAUCAUUAUUUAGUAAUAUUAUUUAUCUCUCUAUCGUUUGUUUUUUUGUAUGCAGACAAGACUGAAAAUCAUCUUCACAUAAUCUUAAGCUCGACUCCUGUCCAACUUUUUCCAACCUCCUCAUGUCGUAAUGAUAAUAAUAAGUGUGUGACUCAUACAGGAAUCUGUACUGUGGAUAACUAACUGUGAAAUAUUUGACUGACUGACAACUCUUCUGUUUGGCCUAUCUCCUCUUGUCUCCUCCACACACACACACACACACUCUGUUUUCCUUUCUGUAGUUCGUGUAUUGUAAACCUACUUCCAGCCUGAUUUUAUCAGUCUGUUGUUGUGUUUCAUCUUCUCGGCUUUAAUUAUUUUCCCCUCGCUGUCAUCAUGUGUGGCGCGUACAAUCGGACUAAUGUGUAAAUAUUUUUCUUUUGAAAAAUCAAUAUUUAUUUUUUACCAUGUUCUUGUUACCUUCCAUCCUGUUUUCUCCCCGCCUUCUCCCCUCUCUCUCUCUCUUUCUCCUGGAAGCGAAAAGCCUACACAUACAUACACAUACAUUUGUAGUGUACUCUGUAUUGCUUCUGAUUCUUGUUCCUCGAUAUUUCUUGUUCGAUGAUCGGUGGUGGUUAACAGUCCUACUCAAAUAAGUAAUGACGUGCUUGAUGUUUUCUUAUGGAUUGUGUUAUGCUUUCUUAUGUGUUUGCUAAAUAGUAUUAAUUAAAUUAGAGCAACUCUGAUCUGCUCUACCCUGCUCCUCUGAGACUGCGGCAUUCAUUCAUCGAUCGGUACACCCAUUUAUGCAUUCAUUCAUUCACUUACUGACAUAUACCCCCCUCCUCCAUAUACAUGCCAACAUGUUGCGUGUGUGUGUGUGCCUGUGUAUGUGUGUUUGAGUCUUUUAAAUAAUUCCUAAACUCAUCUUGUUUUUUUUACGUACGAUAUUUUUGUGCAUUGAAGAGUUCGCUGAAGUGUCUGUGUGUGCGUGUGGCGGCGUGGCGUUGAAACGCAGUUGAUUGACCUUUGUCGAGAGAAAGGAAACGAAAUUAGUAAUAAAUAAAAAUCGAUGAGAAUCAAUAUUUCUUUUAUGAGUUCUACCGACUUCUUCCUUUCUUUUUUCUCACUGUCUAUUUUGUCCAAGAUUUAAAAAGGAGAAUCAAAUUCACGAUUCGAAAUUUCAAUAUAG